UGAGCUGCGGGACUCCUCCCCUAAUGCAGACCGAGCAGAUCGCUCUUCCUGCGGUGUGACAGCAGCAGCAGCAGCACUGGCGCAUUGUGUGUCUUUAAUAUUCAUUUGAUUCUUUUCCUCUCACAUUGAGUUAUUAAUACAACCUCAUCUGAUUUCCCUCCCUCUGGACGGACUGCAGGACGGAGCGGGCUUCUUAAAAAAUGGCCAACAGAGAUGAUGAAUACGAUUUCUUGUUCAAAGUCGUUCUGAUCGGAGAUUCGGGCGUCGGGAAGAGUAACCUGCUGUCACGCUUCACACGGAACGAGUUUAACCUGGAGAGCAAGAGCACGAUAGGAGUGGAGUUUGCCACCAGGAGCAUCCAGGUGGAUGGCAAGACGAUAAAAGCGCAGAUCUGGGAUACGGCAGGGCAGGAGCGGUACAGGGCCAUCACCUCUGCGUAUUAUCGCGGCGCGGUCGGCGCGCUGCUGGUGUACGACAUCGCCAAACAUCUGACCUACGAGAACGUGGAGCGCUGGCUGAAAGAGCUGCGAGAUCACGCUGACAACAACAUCGUCAUCAUGCUGGUGGGGAAUAAGAGCGACCUGCGCCACCUGAGAGCCGUUCCCACCGACGAGGCGCGCGCUUUCGCAGAGAAAAAUAACCUGUCUUUCAUCGAGACGUCCGCUCUGGACUCGACUAACGUGGAGGAGGCCUUCAAGAACAUCCUAACAGAAAUUUAUCGCAUCGUAUCACAGAAGCAAAUCGCUGACCGAUCGGCUCACGACGAGUCGCCGGGAAACAACGUGGUGGACAUCAGCGUCCCACCGACUACAGACGGCCAGAAGGGCAAUAAACUGCAGUGCUGCCAAAACCUGUAACCAUGACAACCAGCCUCACCUGUCACUCAUCUUGUCUCCCUCGACAUGUCAUGCGCUAAUGUUUUAUUUGUGUAAUAUAUGUAUAUUUUUCUUUUUGAUAGCUUGUCCACUCACAUACACACAUACGACUGCCAUGAGUAAACUUUUACAGUAUCUGACUGUGCUCUGGUUUAUUAGCUGCAAGACUGUGGUUGAAAUAUGAAAAUUAGGUUUAUCAAUGCAAGUAAAUAUUACACAAUCAUAGAGAUACAUGGAUAAAAAUACCUUGACCUUGAACUUUUUUCCUUCAGAUGUCCUCUGCUACCAUCAGCUGAAUCUCAAGAUCAUGUGCAGGUCAUAUUUCACUCCAAAAUCAAAUAAUCAAAUAAUUAAUAAUAUUAUCAUUUUUACAUUUUUUAAAAAACAUUUUCCCUCAAAUUUUUACUAUAUCACUGUAAUUUGAUCAAUCAAAAGGAAUUUUAAUAAUAUAAUUAUUAAUAGUAAUAUAAUUUUGUUUAUUUUAAAAUUUUCCCUCAAAUUUUACGUUUUAGUAUAUUAUAUGAUAUACUCAAAAGCAAAAAAAAUUUGCAUUUCCAAAUAUUUUUCUGCAUUUUUUUCUGCAUAAUUUUAUGUCAGUUUCCCUGACAUGAAACACACACACACACACACACACACACACACACACAGUAUAUUGCAUUAACUUAGAUUUUUAGUAUUUAUAUGCCAUUUUCAUGAAUUUAACCUCGUUAAAUUAUAGUAAUGCAGUAAUAUAUGUUUUUUUUCAUUCAAUACUGUAUAACCUCACGUUUUCUUGAGACUGACCUUGAUAAUCUUCAGCAAAGUAGUGAAAUCAAGCUACUAGACAGACAGUACUAGUUGUAAGCAUUUAACCUUGAUAAAGCUGCUAGUUGAGUCUGAUAUCAGAGCUUUCUAUUUCUGUCUGUGUAACACUGAGAGGAGGAAGUGAUAUUUACAGCAGACAGGAAGUCCCGCCUUUACAAACACAUCUGUGGCUGGACUCUGGUACAUCAAAUAACAAACACAGUCAUGUGGAAACAAUUAUAGUGUAAGACUAACAGAUCAGCAAAAAAACUCGAUACCAGAUUAGAGUUCAUCUGUUACAGCACUAUUUAUUUGAUUUGAUAUGCAUAUAGUUCUUUUGGGAUUUUUUUUGUAUGCAUUGUUUUUUUAAAUAUGUGUAGGUUCAUUAUUGUCAAACACACCUUAAUGUCUCAUGAAUGCUGGUCAGGAGGUUCGCUGUGAACACACACACACACACACACACGCACAUGCACACACACAACUAUUUGUAAUUAUCAGCAUUUUCAAUUAAAAAUAAAAUGAUGCUUAAAUUGUGAAUACUAACCUAUUGCAUCAAUUAUGCAUCAAAAUAAAUAUGUACACAUGAAA